AUGGCGUCCAACCACAACCCCCGCUGUCUCUGGCAGCCCCGCGACCCUUCGAAGACCAUGUUGAGCAAGUUUCGUCGCUUUGUCAACGAACGACAUCGUCUCGAUCUAAAGAACUAUCAAGAGCUCUGGCAAUACUCAAUUGCGGUCGAGACCGCCAACGACUUUUGGGUCGAUGCGUUUGUCUUUCUGGGAUUGAAGGGAGACGUUGUUCCAACAAUUGCGCUGGCAUUCAGAGAUAGAGAGAGGUUUCUGCCUCCCCCAAUCUGGUUCCCGGAGGUCAAGCUCAAUUUCACAGAGAUAUUGUUGUCAGGUCGCGAUCCGCAAAGGGUCGUCCUCCACACCUGCACUGAGGGCGGGAAUGAUGUCCAGGACGUAACCUGGGGGCAGCUCAUCGCGCAGGUGACGAGGAUGGCCGACGCGAUGAAAUCGUCGGGGGUGGUCCAAGGCGACCGAGUGGCUGGGGUACUUUCAAAUCGACUUGAGACGGUCAUCGCCUGCUUGGCCACCUUGUCCAUGGGUGCCAUUUGGUCCACUUCUUCCCCAGACAUGGGAGUCGAGGGUGUCCUGGACCGCGUACGCCAGAUUCGACCGAAGCUGUUGUUCGUCGAGAGCGAUGUUCUCUACAACGAACGAAUUCUGGAUCAGAGGGAAAAGAACAGGGCGUAUGCCAAGUCCAUGCUCGUGACUUCCGAGUUCACGAAUAUCGUGGUUAUACCGAGGAGUCAGCAAGUGCAUGAGGACCCGGAUCUCAAAUUGGUCUCCCUUGACACCUUCCUCAAACGGGCCAAAGGGAGACCCUUGGAUUUCAAACGGCUGCCGUUCGCACAUCCGGGCUUUAUUGUGUAUUCGUCAGGCACGACAGGGCCACCCAAGUGUAUCGUCCACAGCGCUGCGGGGCUUCUACUCCAGUCGAGAAAGGAUUCUGUGUUGCAUUUCGACGUCCAGCCUGGUGAUAACAUCCUGCAGUACACAACGACAGGUUGGAUCAUGUGGGGAAAGGUAAUAUGCGGGAUCGGAUACGGUGGUCGGACUGUCAUAUAUGACGGAUCACCACUGAAACCGGACCCACUGGUCCUCCUGCGGCUUGUUUCGACACUCCGGAUAACGCAUUUCGGGACAUCUGCUAGGUUCCUGACCCAGCUGAAGGAUUCUGGUCUCAAGCCCAGGGGCAUGAUCGAUCUUUCUUGCCUAAAAUGCGUCACUUCAACAGGAAGCACAUUGACCGCGGAAGUCAGCGAAUGGUUCUACGAUGUGGGAUUCCCACGACACGUGCAUCUCGUGUCAACGAGCGGCGGUACUGACAUCGCCGGCUCAUUGGUGACGGGAAACCCGACACUUCCACUCUACUCUGGCGAAAUCCAGUGUGAGACGAUAGGUAUGGCGACAGACAUUGCUGAUGCCGAAGCGACGAAUGCCGUCUCUGUCAAACAUACAGGCCAAGCAGGGGAGCUCGUCUGCCGCAUGCCUUUUCCCAGUCAGCCUACGUUCUGGGGAGAGAAAACUCUCGAUAGAUACCGCGCAUCAUAUUUCGAAAGAUACGGAGACAAAAUUUGGUUCCAAGGCGACUUUAUUCAACUGAACCCCAAGACUCACGGGUUCCUGAUGCUGGGCAGAUCCGACGGGGUCCUGAACCCGUCUGGAGUGCGAUUCGGGUCCGCGGAGAUAUACGAGGUCGUGGAAAAGAUUCCUGGUAUAGCGGACUCUUUGUGUGUAGCUCAACGUCGUCCACAUGACCGGGAUGAAAUUGUCGUGUUGUUUGUCAAGAUGGCCAAAGGUCACAAAUUUACCCCAAGGCUGAAAUCGACCAUCGCAACCGCCAUUCGCACGGCUCGGACCCCCAGACAUGUACCAAAGUAUAUUUUCCAAGUACCGGACAUUCCGUACACGAUCAACGGGAAGAAGAUCGAGCAAGCAGUCAAAGCCAUCAUCUCCCAUGGCAAGUCGAAACCGAACGGGGCCGUGGCCAACCCGGAGUCGUUCAAAUACUUUGAGCGCUUCUACGAGAUCGAGAAGCUAGCCCAGGCGGAGCCGGUCCUGGCCAAGAUGUAG